ACCCAAAUUCCAUAACCAAACCAAAAACCAACCCCAAAUCGAAUCAAAUAGAAAGAAUUCCUUUUUUAGUUUGCCUUCGUUCGCUUUCAUCUGUUUUAUCAUCAUAACAGAAAUAAAUUGUGUGGGAAGCCUUCACAUUCACAUAUUCGAAUAACUUCCGUCCGUCCAAGCGGAGCAAAAUAUAAUUUUUUACCUUUUCCUCUUUUGCUUGCUUCUAAUUAGAUUUGGCUGAAGAAUAAAAUAAAACAAAUAUUUUCGUUGGGCUUCCACCUAGAAAACGCAUCCCUGCAUUAUUUAGUAAAUUUAAGUUUCUUGCAUUGUUAAUCGGUCUUCCUUUCGGUUUCGAGUUAUGUCAAAGAAUUUACUUAAAAGUCUUAUUAAUGUCACCGAGAGAGCUGCUAAUAUAGCUAGAGCUUGUCGGGCAAAUGAAGACCUCCUGGCAUUGCUUGUCCAGGAGAAAUCCGCAGACGAGGCUAAUCCCAGAUUUGUACAUGACUUCAAGACCCUUGCAGAUGUUCUGAUUCAAGAAACAGUUCGACAUUACAUUGGCAAUGAGUUCCCAGAAAUCAAAGACCACAUUAAAGGCGAAGAAUCGUCGUCAUUCACAAAUAAACUAGGAGAGACUGUGACUGUUGAAAUUGGAGAAACGCCAACAGACACUGCUGAUUGUUUGGAAAAGGUUCUCGAUGGCAAACGAUCCGCAGCAGAGGUACUCGCUGAGGAAGUUCACAGAUUCGUUGACUUUACCAGCCAAGUUGGAGACAUCCCAGAUCUGCCAGAUGACUUAAACUAUGGUGACAUAGGCAUUUGGAUCGAUCCAAUUGAUGCAACCUCGGAGUACAUAUCAGGUGAUUCGAUUUUCACCAACUUUCCCGGCAUCACAUCGACUGGACUGGAUUGCGUAACUGUGCUGAUAGGCGCCUACAGUCUCUCAGGUGGUCAGCCAAUGAUUGGAGUUGUUUCGCAACCCUUCCAUAACAAAAUCGAAGAGAACGUUUACAAAAGUCUACUCUUCUGGGGUGUUUGUUUGGAAUCCAUGGAGGCACACAACUGUCCCGAAGAUAUCACAUUGAGACCAAGCAAUUUGGGAAUAUUUUCAACAUCCGAGAACUCUGAUAUCCUGCAGAAAAUCAUGGGACUGGGUUAUGAAUUUGCAUUCUCAGCUGGAGCUGGACACAAGGCACUUAAGGUAAUUACAGGGGAAGUUGAUUUGUAUUUGCUGAGCAAAGGAUCAACAUUCAAAUGGGAUACUUGUGGACCUCAAGCCAUAUUGAAGUCUCUUGGUGGUGAUAUCUUCGAUUAUCAAAAGAGCUUAGAAGCCAAGGCGCCAGUUCCUGUUUCAUAUUUGGAAGAGGAGGAGAAAUGUAAUGCAGGUGGCCUGAUUGUGGUAAGGAAUAUGGAGCUUAUUGCUCCUCUACUGGAACAUCUUAGUCAAUAAGUUGUUGUUAAUCAGUCUAAGAAAAAUGUGGUUGAUGAUUUAAUGUUAUAGUUUUUUAGUUUCAUUUCUCAUUGAUUUAUGUUAAGUUUGGAUAAAAUUCAUGUUGCUCUAAAAAUCUUGAAUCUCAGGAAACAUUUUACAUUUUUGUCUGUUUUUGGUUACUUUGACUUUAAUGAUCUCAAAAUCAAAAUUAAACAAUUUUACUGAUGUUUUAACUAAAACUAAAAGAGGAAUUUUAAUAGAAAAAAUAAAAGAAAAACAAUUUUAAAACAUUUAUAAUGGCUUAGAGUAAUUUUCAAAACUGAAAAUAAAACAUUCUGGGUAAUUG